AUGAGUUGGUACCAGGGUAGCGAGUCCGAAGAUCCAUCGUUUCCGAGUCGAGCAGUUAUUUCCAACCAUCGGGCGUGGAUAGCUGCCCACGAGCAGAUUUGGAGUGUUAGUGCCCCGACCAAGAAGGGUCGUGUGCUGCCUUUCCGAUUUCAGGGUCUAUACCAGAUUGGGAACCCAUUACGAGAUGAGAAGAGCCAAGCCUCAGAGCGUGGGGUUGAUGACUGGCACAAGAUCGACAACGACAUGGCAUCCGCCUUUGGCGACAACUUAGACGCGAUAGCCGGGCAGUUUGCAAAUUUGUGCUGGUUUUGUGGCGCAACCCUGCCUCUCUUCUGCGUCUUGCUCAACUCUCAGGGUGUACUAGGUACGUACUUCUCUCACAUUGUCUCACUUUCUGUCAACACAACACCACCCUCGAGGGGAGCAAUCUUGCAGCUCUUAGCACCAUUGACGCCGAGGUACCACAGAGCGGCAAAGGGUUAUGAAGCAAAUUACGUGGGCAAUUGCCCUAAUGAGAACGGUCUCGGUGGGAGUUUUGACAGUGGCGCCGGGGUAGGGCGCCCCAGAAGGGUGAAGUCCACCGUCCAAGCUCCAGACCGCGCCCAUCCCCACACGUCUCGUCUUCUUCAAAAGCUAGCCACGCCAGUCACGGACGGCAUGGGCAUGCUUGUCUUGACGGUCGUACGACGACAGAGACCACCACCUGGAAAUGUCAUGAGAGCACCCUCUCAGCUUGACUGA